AUGCGCCGACAACUCACCAAAAGAGCAUGUGAUGAGUGCAUAUCUCGCAAGGUGAAGUGUAGCGGCUCCUUGCCUUGCGAUACUUGCCUGAAGACGUCCAAGGAAGCGGACUGCACGUACCUCAAGCCCCCGGGAAGGAGGGGACCAAAAGCCCGACGAUAUACCAACAAAGGCAGGUCCGCCAGUGAUGGAUCGAUCGGCGAUGCUCGUACGGAGGAAGCUGCUGCAAGCACCCAGUCGGUCGAGAAUCGUCCGGUAAACCGUGCUGACGUUCAGGCUGAUGCUGAGGGGGAUGACGCCCUGUCUGCAUCAGGCUGGAGAAAUGAGACAUGCAUUCCCAAUACGGUACUGGUCUAUAUCGUCCGCCUGUACCAGACUUUCUCGUAUAGUGUUUGGCCGGUGGUCCGCGCAGAUGCGCUUUGCCAACAGGUGGAGAACGGCACCUGCGAUGCACAGACACUUUGUUUAGUGCUGGCGCUGUGUGCCGCGACGAUGGCACAGUUGCAGCUUUCUCCCAUCGCUGGCGAAAAUGAGCAGACGGUAGACAGUGCCCUGCUCAAAUUGGAGUGUAUGCGACUUCGGGAGGGGAGUGACUACAGGGAGAAUCUUGACAUCAGGGGUGUGCUUGUUUCAUUCUUUCUGCAUGUGUAUCAUGCAAAGAUUAACCAGCGGAAGUCGGCUAUGCUGUUUAUACAGGAGGCCAUCGCGAGCGCGAGAUUGUUACGGUUGGACACGAACGAACAGAAUUGUGUCGUUACGGAUGGCGUUGUUGCAAACGAGGAGAUUGUGUUUCUUUUGCUGUGGGUGUCUGAGAGAGGAUAUGCCAUGCACCUUGGUGUGAGGCCUUCAUACAGUGAUCCAGUUCAGGUUCCGGAUGCAGCACAACUGGCAAUGAACCCUCAUGCGCGGGGGUUACUCGAGCUUUUCAGUCUUUUUGUCACAUUCGACAAGGUCCAGGCACGACGAUGCCGCAGUGGCAGUUUGGCUCAAGCUUUAUCUGCAGCUACUCUAGCUGAAACAGAAGCAGCACUGUCGCUACUAGCCUUCAACUCAGACGACCAGGCAUCCACACGGCUGGCGGACUGUUACAUCACGAGAGAAUGGAUGAGAACUAUUGUCUGGCAGGAAGCACUAUCUCGGCAUCUGUUAUCCUCGAUCUCUACCACCGAGGCGAUGACCUUUCGAUUCCCAGUAGUUGUUGGUCGUGAUCUGUUAAUGUCCCUGCAAGGACUGUCUGCGACAGACUUGCUGCCUUUGGGGCGGGACCAGGUUGCCAACUCUCUGGCAGACACCAUCAUCUAUACUCCCCCAAGCUCAUUUUCGAACGCCCUUCAGAUCGGGCCCCAAGACUUUCUACACGCUUUGUACCAAAAGAUUCUGCCAUUUCUGGAGCAUGAUCCGAUGCUGAAAUCAAUUCUUCGUGCGAAAACAGCCGAGGCUUUGGUGAUGGCCCCUGCUCGUUUGAGUGUCGGGCUUGUUGCGAGGCUAGAUGUGGAAGAGGAGAUUAUGUCAGAGCAAGCUGACCACGUUCAUUGA